AUAACAUAUCAAAUUUAAAAAAAAUUCUUGUGGUACGUGGAAGGGUUUAAGCACUUAAACUUUGCUGGGUUUCAAACUACUAACAGUUUGUACUACUAUAAAAAGAAAUGUGUCUUUCCGUGCAGAAAAAGAUGAAACGUCUCAGUAUUUUACUUCUAUUAUGUAGACAUAAAAGCAAUGUAUUCUUCCUAAUUGUAAUUUAGUAAUCCAUGUGCAUAGAUUGUGAAAUCCUGAUCUCCUAUGCUGGCUGUACAUAUCCACACCUGAGGGUAAUGCAAAGGCAGCAAUUCAAAGAUACUCUAUAUGCAAAUAUUGUUGAGAUUUUAUCUGCUGAGUAGUGGCUGGGAAGCUAUGCUUUUUCUUAAUAUCAAUCAUUUUAUAAUGAAUGUGCAUGUGUAUGAAUAAGCAUCAUAAUGACGAUUACGAAUAAUUUGAGGAAUUAUUUUGUUAAUGUCUGUAAUUACGUGGCAUUUUUGUUCCUACAUCAAAGUGUCGCAGUAAUGCACGUGGUGAUAAAUAAAAAGCAAUCACUUUAUGUUUAUGUGAUAAUACUGCCAUUGGGGUAGAAUUGUGUUUCUAGGGACAGCGAUGUUAAAUACUCCAGCAAUUUACAUUUACAUGUUUUUUACAAUUUGUGGUGCUCGUCAGAAGUCAAUGGCGGAAGAGAAGAAGGAGCAUGUUGAGAAAGCGGGGGAUUUACUGAAAUGGGUGUCAAAUCUCAGCAAGACACUCAGCAAAGAAGAAGGAGAAAAGGCUGAAAAGACAGAUUUACCUAAGCAGCAGAUUUCCCUGGAUGAAAUGUCAACCAAGAAAGAACAAAUAGCUGAAGCUCUGCAGACCACUCAGUCCUUUUUGGCUAAGCACAGUGACAAAAUGACAGAUGAAGAAAGAAAUGAAAUGGAAAAGCAAGUCAGAUCCCUCCAGGAGAGCUACAGCUUGUUAUCCAAUGAAGCUUUGAAGCAGCUGCAGGAAGCACAGUAUCUGGGUGAUGAAAAGAUGGAAGAAAAGGUGAAUAAAGUCAUUGCUGGUGUCAUUGACCAAACGACUGGUGAAGUCCUUUCAGUCUUUCAGUCUAUUUUAAAAGGUUUUAUUGACUAUGACACUGGAAUUAGAUUGCUCGAGAAUCAGCUGAUCCUUUCUGGAAUCAUUUCUCCAGAAUUAGGAACAUGUUACGAUUUGGAAGAAGCUAAAGCUCAUGCUUUAAUUGAUGAGCAGACACUGUUGCAGUUGCAGGAAUUAAAUAGUGCAAAGAAGCUUAUUUCAGAAUCAUCGUUACCAAAUCUUCCAGUUGUGUCAGCUUUAGAACAAGGUCUAAUUUCAGAACCUUUGGCUAUUAAAAUUCUUGAGAAUCAGCUUUCAAGUGGGCACUUGAUUUUGCCAUCUACUGGAGAAAAACUGACUUUGCAGAGUGCUUUCCAGAGAAACCUGAUUUCUCCAACAUUAUAUACAAAGCUUCUAGAAAGACAAGACACGUGUAAAGAUCUCAUAGACCCCAACUGUGCUGAGAAGAUUUCUCUUGAACAGAUGGUUCAUAGAAGCGUAAUACAUGAAAAAACAGGGUUAAGACUCCUACCAGUGAAACCACAAGAAAAAGGCAGAAUCACAUUCAAAUGUGGAAGGAAGAUAACUAUUUUGAGGGCAGCCCAUGAAGGACUCAUCGAUCGGGAAACAAUGUUCAGGCUGCUGGGUGCUCAGUUAAUGUCUGGAGGUAUAAUUGACCCCGACUCAGGGAAGAGAAUGACUGUGGAAGAGGCCAUGAGACAAGGGAUGAUAGAUCAGGACACUGCUUGUGGGAUCCUCACGCAUCAGGUUCAGACUGGUGGGAUCCUCUGUCCAAAUUCAGGACAACGCCUGACCGUUGAUGAAGCUGUACAAUGCAACCUGAUAUCAUCCACUAGUGCGCUGCUGGUGUUAGAAGCACAGAGAGGCUUUGUUGGACUGAUUUGGCCUCACACUGGUGAAAUAUUCCCCAUAUCGACUUCUUUGCACCAAGAGAUGAUAACAAAUGAGCUGGCGUUCAAAAUACUAAAUGAUAGACAGAAAAUAGCUGCACUUUACAUUCCAGAAACUUGUGAAAUAGUCAGUCUAGAUACGGCUGCACAAUCAGGGAUAAUAGACAUCAAUACGGUGUCUAUUUUGACCAAUGUGACUUUACCAGAUAAAAUGCCCAAUGUAGAAGAAUUAGAGUCCCCUUGUAAAAAUGCUGCAAAAUGGUUAUCGAUGUAUGAAUUUGUGCCGUCUGUAUUUCAUGACUGUGGGGAGGAACAUGAAGAUUCUGGCACAGAAGACUCUGUAUGUCACAAUUUAGAUCAAGCAAAAAAAUUGUUCAUAUCUUAUCUGAUGGUAAAUAGUUACAUGGAUGCAAACACUGGAAGAAGACUUUUAUUAUAUGAUGGACAACUCCAAGAAGCCAUCAGUAUGUUGCUGGGAGGUGGUGAUGCUGUAUACAGUGAUGAUGUGUCAGAAAUGGAGUUUAAUAGCAAAUACAUGAACCCAAAAGGAAGUAAUCUAAAGUCAACUGGCAAUUUCCACUUGAAUAAUGUCACAGGCAGUGUUCAGGGUGAUCUUUCAGGUGCUCAGAAUACUUCUAAUAACAGUAAAUUAAAUCAGUUUGAAGAUUUUGGCAACUACAUAUCUUUGCAAGGAGAAGAUCUCCAUGUGUGUAGACCAGAUGUUUGCAAUACAGUUGGUACUGAGCAAUCGGAAUAUACACAGGAGAUGUUGUUAACUAACCCUACAGACCUUAGAAAUAUAGUAAGUAGCACUCAAAAUUCCAUGAGCAGAAAUGCACUCAGAGGUCUUCCGGAGGUUUCUGAAUGGGCAGAACUGCCGAAGUCUAACAGUCAGAAGGCAAAUUCAGGAAACAUUGAAGGGUAUCUUCCAAAGGACUCAAAUCCAAAUCUUAUUUCAGAAACAGAGAAAGAACAGGUGUAUAUGGCAGACAGUCUGGGUAAUGAAAAGAGGAAUGAUAAAACCUUACGUAAUUCCUUGAGUGUGAGUGAUCUGUCAGAUAAUGAAACCUGGAGAGAGCUGGAAAGGUGCACAAAUUACGGGCCUCACAUAUCACAAGAUGACAACAGCAGAAUGGUACUGGAUAAGAGCAAGAAAGAUGAUUUUCAGAGAAGUCUUGGUUCAUCUAUCAAUGCAGAUACUGAAUAUAGACCUCCAGAAGAAUUGGUUAGUCGGUGUGGUGACACACUACAGUUUGAAGAUAGUGGAUACAGUCAACAACCUCUACAGGACUACACUGAUGUACAUAACAGGCUAUCCCUCGAGGACUAUCUUCAUAUAUGUGGCAGGCCAUCCUUGGAGGAUUGUACUGAUUUGCAGAGUAAACUGUGUGUGGAGGACAGUGGAGAUACCCACUGCAGGCCUUCAUUGGGUGGCGAUGCCAGUAUAGAUGAUAGAUCACCCGUGGGGGACAGUGGCAGCACAGCAGAAGAAAGUGAUGUUACAUUCGACAAGUUACUGCUGUGUGACAGUAGUUCUGACUCUUCAGUAGAAGGAGGUGAUGGCAUCUCACAGUUUGAAAGUAACUGCUUGCAGCAUGAACGUGGUGAGAUACCCUCUGAAGAUGACAGCUCUCAGCUUGAUGAUGAUGAUGAUGAUGAUGCCUAUGAAACACCUCAGGUUGAUGAUGAUGACAGUGAUGUCUAUGAUAGUUCACAAAUUGAUGACGAUGAUUCCUAUGAGACUCCUCAAGGCGAUGAUGGUUUUGAUACCUUGCAGUUGAGGGAUGGUGAUGCACCAGAGCCAGAAUUGUCUGGAGCAUCAGUGCCAUUAGGUUUUCUAGAGGAGAAAGGUGGUCUAAUAAGCCCGAGAGAAGAAACCAGCUCUUUUCAAGAGCUUGCAGCUAAUGUUGGAGGGAGUGUCCCUGUAGAUCUGACAGGUCUACCUGAGAGUCUAAAUACAGCUUCUGCAAGUGCUGAAACCAUGGAAAGGAACCCUGAGGAGGAAAGGGAAAGAACAGGGAGCUUUGGCGAGGAGGAGCAAAAAUUGCCAGUUACUCUGGAGAGUGAAGGCAGAAAGGAGGGGGGCCUUAGUUCUUUACGGGAGACGUAUGAAGCAGGAGACAGAACUGAGGAAGACAAAAUAGAAACGGAAAGUGACUCCUAUGAGGAUGAAUCUGAAGGAACACAGGAAGAGGAGGAUUAUGAUAGUUAUGAUGACUCUGACACUGAUUCUGACAGUGACGAAGAAUUAGAUAUUUUUUACUCACGCCGUCGGUGUAUAAACAAGGGUGACCAGCUGUUAAUUUCCUUAGGAGAUAUAGAAAAUAGUGAUGAAAAUAACCAGAAUAUUGAUGACUCUUGCUAUUCUUUAAGCCACAAGAGAGGGUAUACUUUGCAAUCCCAGUCUAGCCAUGAAAAUGAAGAACAAUCCUCAGGAAGAUGUGAAUCUGCAUCAGAUGUUUCUGAGGAAAGAUGUACAAGUCUUACAUGCACAAGUGAAGAUGAAUAUGGGACUUGUGUCAGAAGUAAACACAUGUCACAAGAUACUUCUGAGCCUGUUCAGUCUGAAAAUACCUUUGACACUAAGUGGACGUCCUGUAAGAGUGAAGAAAAUAAUAAAACACAGCUUGAGGUUCGAAGUUCUCAGCUUCUUGAUGACGUUGUGACAUCUGACGUUAGUGUAACAACCUUCCCAAUCACAAAGCAACAUGAUGAUGAAAGUACUCAGACAGAUUUGCUCCUCUCAGAAUGCUGUAUUCAUAGUGUGAAUAAAACCAGUAGUACCACACCAAUGUUACAUUCAAAUAAUGGGCAAAGACAGACAGAAGCCGUAUUUGCAGAGGAAAAAAUAUUAUGUGAUAUGGCUGGUAUGGAGCAACUGAAGGAAAGUUCUUCCCAAAUGGACAGUAAAUUCCUUGUGGAUAUGCCUUAUGUGAGUGAUGGUGACAGUUCUCUUAGUGACCAAGUACAUCCAGUCACCAGUAGGGAGCUUGGUCAAGUAGGAAGAGGUGGUGAGAUUCAUACAGAAAACAAAAAUAGGGUAAAUAUUAUGGAGGAGUGUGAUAUCACAGGACAAAGUAAAAGUCCCAUUCAGAUGGAAAGCCUUGGGGAAAUAUUUGAUGCAUCAGUAAUUAAAGCUGAUAGAGAAACUCCUGUUUCAACCAAAGAACAAGUAAUUGAUCAAGCUUUGCUUGACAUCGGAGGUAGUGCAAAAUCAGAUGAAUUUAAGAAAGAUUUUAACAUUUCCGCUUCUUUGAAACAAUGUAUAACAGAUGGAAAAGAAGACUGCCAUUCAGAAUUGGAUAAAACUGAAUCCUGUUGCUUUGAGGACAUACAGAACAAAAAAGAUUUUCUGCUAAACAUGAAAGAAAUGCAUUCGAGUCCAUUGAACACUUACUCUUGUCCCCCGGCUGAUAGAGUGAAACCAGAGGAAAUCAGCAUGGCUGAAGAGACAGUGAGAGGUAUCUGUCAAAAUACUGACAACUUUCUUAAAGAUUUUUCAGAAACCAAGGGCAUUAAUGAUGGUGAAUUUUCCCCAAUAAAAGCAGGUGCUUUAGGCAGUACUGAGGAUGCCAAAGAAUCAGGAGAAGGGAGUGAAAUGCCACCUUCUUGGAGUCGUACCUGUACCACUGAUGUUUCUUCUGCGAUUGUGAGGAGCACAGGGGCUGACCUGAACUACCAUCCCCAGAAAGAAUGUGAGGCCAGUGAGACUUCUUCACUUGGAAAUGAUUCCAAAAAACAAAUGUCCAUGGAGUCAUUACAGAAGGAAUUAGGUUCCUGCAAAGAUUUUCAAGCAAAGGAAAGUAUUUUGCAGCUGCCCGAAAUGACUGACACGCUAAUGGAAGACUUAAGGAAUAUACUGCAAAGGAAAUUGAAAAUGGGACACGUUUACUGCAAGCAGGAGGGCGAACCCCUAAGUUAUUCUGAUACCAAAGUUUUAAUGCAAAAUUUACUUAAAAUGGUUAGAAGUACACAGCUCGGGAGUGACACAUCCGGUGGGUCAAAUCUCAAGCAAAUAAGCAAUGCUGUUAGAAGUACAUUAAUGGUUACCACAGCGUGUGUGGAGGCAAAGGACAGGGAUGCUCUUCCAUUGCCUUGGCCUGAUUGCAAAAGUCCUGAUCUUCUGUGUGAUAUUCUGAAGCAGGAAUCCUGCAAGCAAAAGAUGGAUGUUGCAGGUGAAAGGAAGAGUGAAACAGAUGUGAAAGCUCCUGGUCCAAAACUUACUGCUUCUGAACUUCUGGAGAUCUUUGAAAUCUCACCUGGAGAUGAAAGUCCAAGCAAGUUAGAGGAGCUGAUAAGCGGUUUGCUUACAAGCUCACAGGUUGCUGAUAUCACCACAGAAUGUGAGGGGAAAGGCAAAGUAGAUGGGCUUUGUACUCUUUUCUCAACAGAACAAUCCGAGUUUGGAUCAGAAACUGGUGAAGAGAAGACGUUAGCAGAUGACACAGCCAGUGCUUGGAAAAGUGACCAGGAGCAUGGGAAGACAGACAGCUUCUCCAAAGGCUUUCCUGAGCCUGUUCUCAAAAGAAAAGAAGCGGCCCUGGAAGACACCCCCACUAACAUGGUCGAUGGAGUACAGCAGUGCUUAAAGUUAACAGAGAAAAUGCGAGGCCAUUUGGCAGCGCUGCAGGAUAUGAGAAGCCACCUCGAUAGCCAGCAGCCUGUUAGCAAUAACCUGGAACUACUAAAAGAUGAACUGAAACAACUAGAGUCAUUUGAAUCAAGACUGGCUACCUUUGCAAUUAUCCUAAAAAAUGACCUGAAGUCGACAGAAGAGUUUUUAAAGUUUUGUCACAGGGAUAUUCCUGAAGAGAAACUCCAAGAGUUGAAGACAAGCUAUGACUGUUCACAGGAAGCAUUUUUGGUGGUCUGUGAUACAUCUUCAAAACGAGCAAAGCAAAUUGUCUGUGCUGUUGACUCAGAAAUGUCUAAGCUUGGAGCAGUACACCAGCAACUUUUAAGCAAACUGCAGAGAUUUUCAGACUGGAUCACAGAAAAGAGUAAAAUUGUGAAUGAGUUCAUAGCGAAUACUAAUGAUAUAGAAGAGAUGAAGAAAAGUUUACAGAUACUUAAAAGCAGUGCUGCGGAGCUCGGCUCUGAAAAAACCCAACUGGAGUCCGCUGCGUUUGACGUUCAGUUUUUCAUUUCUGAACAUGCCCAAGAUCUUUCUCCUAAUCAGAGCAAACAGCUGCUGAGGCUCUUAAAUGCCACCCAGAAACCUUUUCAGGAAGUACAGGAAGCAAUAACAUCUCGGGUGGAAAAUUUAGAGACUCGGUUACAGGCAGCGCAAGAACUGGGUGAUCAGAAGGAUGUGGCUGAACGGCAGCAGGAAUGCAAAGAGAAGCUGCAGGAAAUCUGUGAUUUGCUCACGCAGACUGAAAAUCGACUCAUUGGACAGCAAGAGUCUCUUGUUAUCAUAGACAGCAAGGCUGAGCUGGAACAAUACCAGACCAAACAGGAGGAGAUACAGAAAGACAUGAGAACGAGCGCCCAGACACUGGCAGAGAUUGUGAAAAACACUGAAAGCUUCUUGAAAGAGAGUGGAGAAAAGUUGUCACAAGAAGAUAAGACUAUUCUUGAGCAGAAACUGAAUGAAGCUAAGACAAAGUGUUUGCUCCUUAGCCAGAAGGCAGAAGAGUCCAAAAAGGAACUGGAUAAAGCUAUGACAACAGCAAUUAAGCAGGAAACAGAAAAGGUUGCAGCCAUAGAACAGCUGGAAGAAAGUAAAAAUACAAUAGAAAACCUCUUGGAUUGGUUAUCAAAUGUGGAUAAAGAAGCGGAGCACGGCCGGAAGUUUGAGCAAGUGAUAGAACAGAAUGGAACACACUUUGAAGAGGGAGAUGGGAAGUGUUUGGAAGGAGAGGAGGAUGAUGUCAAUGGGAAUCUGCUGGAAAUUCAGCAAGGCUUUGGAACUGAGGUGGAUGGACUAGUAAGAAGCACAGAAGAUAAUCUGAACCAGCAGUAUCAGAAAGUCAAGGCUCAACAUGAGAAAAUAAUUUCCCAGCAGCAGGCUGUCAUAAUAGCAACCCAGUCUGCUCAGGCACUGCUUGAGAAGCAAGGCCACUACCUUUCCCCAGAAGAAAAAGACAAGAUGCAAAGGAACAUGAAAGAGCUGAAGGCUCAGUAUGAGACUGCUUUGGCUGAGUCGGAACGGAAAAUGAAGUUGACUCAUUCUCUAAGAGAAGAACUUGAGAAAUUCGAUGCAGACUAUAGUGAAUUUGAAACCUGGCUGCAGCAGGCAGAGCAAGAAUUGGACAAUUUGGAAGCAGGUGCCUCUGAUUUCAGCGGUAUUAUGGUCAAACUGAAAAGGCAGAAGAGUUUUUCGGAAGAUGUUAUAUCUCACAAAGGUGAUUUACGGUAUAUUACGAUUUCUGGACAAAGAGUUUUAGAUGCUGCAAGGUCAUGUAGCAAAAGAGAUGGGGUGAAGGUUGACAAAGACGGUAUCGAUACUUCGGCGACGUACGCUGAAGUGCAGAAUAAACUGGAUGUUGCUUCAAAUCGUUUCAAAUCUCUCUAUACAAAGUGUAGCAUCCUUGGAAAUAACCUUAAAGACCUGGUGGAUAAAUAUCAGCAUUAUGAAGAUGCCUCAUCCGGACUUUUGUCGGGUCUCCAGGCCUCUGAAGUAGCCGUGAACAAACAACUAUCAGAGCCAAUUGCAGCAGAUCCCAAAAAUCUCCAAAGACAACUAGAAGAAACAAAGGUUCUUCAGGGACAAGUGUCUAACCACCAAAUUGCUGUAGAAAAACUGAAAAAAGCUGCUGAAGUGUUACUGGAUACAAGGGGAGAGCUGACACCGGACAAAGAUGAGAUUCAGAAAACACUGGAUGAUAUUGUGGAGAGGUAUGACAAUUUAUCCAAGUCUGUGAAUGAAAGGAAUGAGAAGCUGCAGGUAACUCUGACGCGAUCCCUGAGCGUGCAGGAUGGUUUGGAUGAAAUGCUGGAUUGGAUGGAAGGAGUUGAAAAGAGCCUUGAGGAACAAGAUCAAGUGCCUUUGAAUUCUGCUGCUAUUCAGGAUAUUAUUAGUAAAAGCAUUGUGCUAGAACAAGACAUUGCAGGUCGCCAAAGCAGUAUAAACGCUAUAAAUGAAAAAGUGAAGAAGUUCAUGGAGACGGCAGAUCCAUCCACCGCAUCCACACUGCAGGCUAAAAUGAGUGAACUGGCAGGACGGUUUUCUGAAGCAAGUCGCAAGCAUAAAGAGAAGCUUAUUAAAAUAGAGGAGUUGAAGACUAAAGUGGAGUUAUUUGAAAGUCUGUCAGAAAAACUUCAGUCGUUUCUAGAUGAGAAGAACCAGGCACUCGGUGAGACGGAGGCACCAAGAAAGGAUGUCAGUGAAGUGUCCCAGUAUGUGCAGGAAGCCAGUGUAGAAUUGGCAAAACGUAAGAAGGAUCUGGAAGUUUUGCAGCAGCUUCUUGAAGAACUUUCAUUCCAUGCUCUUCCUGGAGAUAAAGCAUUGGUAUUAGAAAAAGUAAAUGCUUUGUCAAAGAAAUUCAGAGAGGUGGAGGAGACUGUAAAGGAAAAAGAGGAGGAUGUAUCAUCUUGUCAGAAACAAAUGGAUACUUUUGAGCUCCUUGUAGAAUCACUAAAGAAAUGGAUAAAAGAGACAACAGAACGAAUUCCAGCAGCGCAACCCUCUCUGAAUACAGAGGAGUUAAAGAAACCUUUGGAAGACACAUUGACUUUAAAAGAUGAAUGGACAUUAAAAGCACCUGAACUGCAGAAAAUGAAUAGCAGAGGAACAUUGCUGUGUAACCUAAUCACUGCUGUGACUUCUCCUGCCAAACUGAGAGCAGUUGCAAAAUCAGAAACCAAGCCAUCGUUCAAGGCAUGUUGUACCAAGGGUCUUUUAAUAGCGAUAAGCACUUCAGUCAGUUCUUGA